CCACACGUGAGUAAUGACCCUCCGGCGAACCAGGGGGCGCUGAGCUCCAUGUCGCUGACUCUUCAGCUACCGCUAGCUCAGCGCUAGCCUGGCGCUAACAACAACAAGAACAUCAACGUUAGGAUUAAAUUAAGAUUAAAUGUUUACGUUGUCUGAGUGCUGUGUUUGGAACUACUUUACUGGGAAGUACGCUUAGCCUAGCUUAGCACACCGGUGGUCAAGCUGGCCAUGUCCAGAGUCCCGAGCCCCCCUCCCCCUGCCGACAUGUCCAGUGGGCCGGUGGCCGAGUCCUGGUGCUACACACAGAUCAAAGUGGUGAAGUUCUCCUACAUGUGGACCAUCAACAACUUCAGCUUCUGUCGUGAGGAGAUGGGAGAGGUCAUCAAGAGCUCCACCUUCUCCUCCGGGGCUAACGAUAAACUGAAAUGGUGUUUGCGAGUUAACCCUAAGGGAUUGGACGAGGAGAGUAAGGACUACCUGUCUCUCUACCUGCUGCUCGUGAGCUGUCCGAAGGCGGAGGUCCGUGCCAAGUUCAAGUUUUCAAUCCUCAACGCCAAAGGGGAGGAGACCAAGGCUAUGGAAAGCCAGCGAGCGUACCGCUUCGUGCAGGGUAAAGACUGGGGUUUCAAGAAGUUCAUCCGGCGAGACUUUCUAUUGGACGAAGCCAACGGUCUUCUGCCCGACGACAAGCUCACCCUGUUCUGUGAGGUGAGUGUGGUGCAGGACUCGGUGAACAUCUCUGGCCAGAACACCAUGAACAUGGUGAAGGUGCCGGACUGCCGGCUGGCGGAGGAGCUGGGGGGCCUGUGGGAGAACUCCAGGUUCACCGACUGCUCGCUCUGCGUCGCGGGGCAGGAGUUCCAGGCGCACAAAGCCAUCCUUGCAGCUCGGUCGCCCGUGUUCAGUGCCAUGUUUGAACAUGAGAUGGAGGAGAGUAAAAAGAACCGUGUGGAGAUCAACGAUGUUGAGCCGGAGGUCUUCAAAGAGAUGAUGUGCUUCAUUUACACUGACAAAGCUCCCAACCUGGACAAGAUGGCUGAUGACCUGCUCGCUGCAGCUGACAAGUACGCCCUGGAGAGGUUAAAGGUCAUGUGUGAGGAUGCGUUGUGCAGCAGUCUGUCGGUGGAGAACGCAGCCGACGUCCUGAUCCUCGCAGAUCUCCACAGUGCUGAUCAGCUGAAGACCCAGGCUGUAGACUUCAUCAACUACCAUGCUGCGGAGGUGAUGGAGACGGCUGGCUGGCGGUCCAUGGUGGCGUCCCACCCCCACCUGGUGGCCGAGGCGUACCGCUCCCUGGCCUCCGCCCAGUGCCCCUUCCUAGGCCCGCCCCGCAAGCGCCUCAAGCAGUCCUAACACACACACACACACACACACACACACACACACACACACACACACACACACACACACACACACACACACACACACACACACACACACACACACACACACACACACACACACACACACCCGCUGCCGAAGGGCCCUCCUCCUGGACAGAACGUUAACCACCACCAAGGACUAGUUGGUACUAGUCAUCUAACUAGAACAGCUAGUUAAGUCAUAACAAGCUAGUUAGAUCUAACCCACUAAAUCGAUCCCAGACAGAUAUUUACACCAUAGCUGGCUAGGUAGAUGUAGACCAACUAGUUAGUGACUAACCAGCUUGUUAGCUCUAGACCCACAUGUUACAUCCUAACAAGCGAGUUAGAUCUAGUCAAACUAGUUGGGUAUGACCAACUUCUUAGAUCCUAGCCAGCUAGCUAGAUCCUAGCCCACUAGUUCGAUGCUAAACCAGCUAGUUAGAACCAGACCAGCUCGUUAGAUCCUCACCAGCUAGUUGGAUGCUAACCAGCUCUCAAGUACCUUUCCCAGCUGGUUAGAUCCUAACCAGCUGGUUAGGAUCUAACCAGCUGGUUAGGAUCUAACCAGCUGGUUAGGAUCUAACCAGCUGGUUAGCCUUGGAGCGGGAUUGGAGGGGAGGGAGAAAUCUUCAGGAGUAGGGUUAGUAGAGUAGUAGUGUAGAGUAGUAGUUAUCUCCAUGUUGGACUGUUCUCUUGGUGAAUGGGUUUUGAGAAUCCUGAAAGACACCAAGACCUGCUAGUAGGACUGCAAGACCUACUAGUAGGACUACAAUACCUACUACUAGGACUACAAACGCUACUAAUAGGACUACAAGACCAUCUAGUAGGAGUAUAGGACCUACCAGGACUCCAAGCCCUAGUAGGACUCCCAAGAACUACUCGGGGGACUACAAGACCCUCUACUAAAACUACGAGAACUACUGGUAGGACUACAAGGACUACUAGUAGGACUCCGAGACCUGCUACCAGGACUACAAGACCCGCUAGCAGGACUUCAAUCCGUGAGGAGCCUGAAGGAGAGCCUGGACAGCCACCCACUGACAAAGCUACAGCUGGCCAGCGACCGAGCUAACAAGCCAUUCCUUUGGCCUGGAAACCGUUUAUGACGUCAUGUUGUUAGUGACCUCUGCUUUGUCCUUGUAAUUAUUUUCAUAUCGAUUUGUACAAGCUGAUGGAGGCUCUGUAAACCAAAUGUCAAUUGUAAAGUGUAGCCGGACAUUUCUGGACAGGAUCGAAGACUGGGAGAAUUGAAUUUGAACACGUUUUAAUGUUCCGAAACCCUCCUCCGUGGAAAGACUGUUAGCUCCCUUUAUGAUGGCCGUGACGAUUCGUUGUUGCCAUAUUUGGUCAAAAAGGAAUAAAUCACAGCUAUUUUGUAUUUAAUGCAAAGCAGA